AUCGUAUACGUCACAUGAAGGUGACGUUCUAGAUCAGCGUUGUCGUAACAAACAAAGUUUUCCACAUCGAAAUCCGGCCGUUGCUGAAGCACAGGCAGCCAGCGUCGAGCGUGAUGUGAGGGCUCGUUACGAGCGAGCGUCCAUGUCCGAUUCGCAAGCGAUAGGCCAAGGGGCCAUGUUAGAUACACGUAGGCAUUUUUUCUACCCUGACAGCAGUAGUGACACAGAAGAGUAUACGAGAGACGCGGAAGACCGUCGCAAACGUCUUUCCAAGCGUAACGGACCGAGUAUAAGAAGAGUUCCAUCAAAUAUGCCGCCGAAGAACCAAGCACCUAACGCACCGAUUCCAUCGACCUCAAGUCAGGAACCUCCGAAGAAUGGCCAGAAAAACCAGUUGUGUGAUGAUAGGAUUACUCUCGUAGUUGAUAACACUCGGUUCGUGGUCGAUCCAGCUCAGUUCACCGCUCAUCCCAACACAAUGCUGGGUAGAAUGUUUAGUUCUGGUAUAGAGUUCACCCACCCAAAUGAGAGGGGUGAGUACGAAGUGGCGGAGGGUAUAUCGGCGACGGUGUUCCGCGCCAUCCUGGAGUACUACCGCGGCGGUACUAUCCGCUGCCCGCCCACCGUGUCCGUUCAGGAGCUGAGAGAGGCGUGUGAUUACUUGCUGGUGCCUUUUGACGCUAAUACUGUGAGGUGCCAGAAUCUACGUGGACUCCUCCACGAACUAUCAAACGAAGGUGCCCGUCGUCAGUUCGAAAGUUUCCUAGAAAGACUCAUCCUGCCUCUGAUGGUGGAGUCAGCCCAGCGUGGAGACAGGGAGUGUCAUGUCGUUGUACUAUUAGAUGAUGAUUCUGUGGAGUGGGAUGAAGAGUACCCUCCCCAGAUGGGUGAUGAAUACAGCCAGACGGUUCUGUCUACACCGCUGUACAGGUUCUUCAAAUACAUUGAGAACAGAGAUGUCGCAAAGCAGGUGAUGAAGGAACGAGGCCUUAAGAAAAUCCGCCUGGGUGUAGAAGGUUACCCAACAUACAAGGAGAAAGUGCGCAAGCGUCCCGGCGGCAGAGCUGAAGUUAUAUACAAUUACGUCCAACGCCCCUUCAUCCACAUGUCCUGGGAGAAAGAGGAAGCGAAAAGCAGACAUGUUGACUUCCAAUGUUUUAAAUCCAAAUCGGUGACAAACUUAGCCGAGGCCACCGCUGACCCUGUGAUAGAGUUGGAACCGAACAGAGCAAGAGAGGAAGUCGAGAUCCAGGAUCCAGGUGAAAUACAGGACGAAGAACAGUGAUUAAUGGUCCCGAGGGUGGUCAGGAUAUUAAUGGCAUUUUUUUGCUGGUACUCGAUAUGAAGGUUUUAGUACCAAGAAGUGAAGUGUUAAGUGAUUAACGGAAUAUCAUAUUAUGGAGUGUAUCAAUUUUAUCGGUGAUGAGUUAAAAGUGAUGAUCUAAGAUGGUGUAAUAUCGUGUUUGGUUUGUAGUGUAACAAACAGCUAUGAAAAUACAGCAAUUUAAAUAAUUGAGUUGAGAUUUAGUAAAUUAAAUGGGUGAAAUUAAAAACCCUGGUUUUGUACAUGUUAUGAUAUAUGGCGCCGCCAUAUUUGAUUCGCAAUGACGUCAUAAAGCUAUACCUAGCAUCUAUAAUAAAAAGGCCGUUAAACAACGCUUUUUUGUAUUUAGAAAAUUAUAUUAUUAUUUGUUAAAUACUACAGUUAAACUACACAUGCAAGUAAUAAUUGUCCUAAAAACUUAACAUAGAAAAAAUUAGUGAAUGAUAUUUUUUCCACUUAAAAUGCGUUCAUUUUAAGUAUAUAGGAGUUUUUUAAGGGAGUAUUAUAGAUCAAACAUAUAAUGAAAAAAAAUUAAAUUACAUUUGUUUGUAACUUGCUAAAAUUACAUUGGCAAGACAUGAGUUUAUUACAAUCGGUUAAAAAUUUUUUGGAAAAUUUUAUUAUAGUCUUCAGUAUAUAUUGUACACAGUUAACAUAAAGGCGACAUAAAAACAUGGUGUCUAUCGAAAUUGGGUUUUAGAUGAUAAAAAUAAAUGUUAAGGCUGUUAGCUUGCAUUGAUGUUACUUGUACGGACUAUGGAGAAAUGGCAAUCAAAAAUAUAUGUAAAUUAGUUAAGAAUUUGCACAUUUGUAUACUAGAAUUUAUUUAAGCAAAUUUUAAUUCGGUUUCAAAAGAAUUUGUAUAAAAAUAUAAUUAAUAUCAAUAUACUUGAGGCUUUCUAAAAUUUUUUUGAUUGUAUCGUCAAUCUGUGCUAUGUAUCUUGAAAUGGGGGUAAAGUUAUAUUGUUUUAUUUAUUAUAAUCCUUAAAAAAAUGUGUUAACGUUAAUAUCAUUUGACCCUUUUGAGACAUAUAUAUUAAACAUACAUACUAGUAAAUAUAUUAAUAAACUAAAUGCUUUUAAUCAGGUUUAAUUUGGUUCACAUCAAUACCAAUUAGGGCUUUAGAAAAACGUAAACAGAAUUCUGUGGUUCCACAAAAUUUUUGUCAUCUAUAUAAAUAAAAAUAAAUGUAUAUACUCUCAUAAUUUAUGAACAACUGCAUUGAAUAAUUCUUUGUUAAAUAAAAGGAAUAAAUUGCAGUACUAAGUUCGCCGAGCUAUCAAGUUUUCCAAUGUAAAAGACAUCUUUGUCCCAUAAUUUAAUAAAAUAGUCUAAAAGAAGGUUUUAUCACCUAACGAAAAAUUGUCUAGAAAGGGUUAACUUGGGAAUUAUAUUUGUAAAUGAUUUUAUUUCAUAUAUAUUUUGGGGUAUAAACCCUUUUUUAAAUACUUUAUUUGAUUCAAUCUUAAACUCGAUAAAAAACCGAUGUUAUACUACGCUUUAGAUAGAUGUGACUAUGAAAAUAUACAUUAUUAUUUUUAUAUUUAACGGUUAUAUAAUAACGCAUACUUGUUACAGUUUAUGGCAAUUAGAUGGGCUUCUUGAGUUUUUGACAACGCCAUCUAGUGACAAAAUACUAACCUUGAAAUGCGAAGCAUACUUUCUAAAUAAUACAAAUAGAUUUAAAAAGACGAAACAAAUAGUCUUACCUAGUGAUGACGAUUUGUGACACAUUUAUUUACAUAUCUUCAUUUUAUAGGUAGUAAUAAAAAUUAAACGUGGACAAAAAACUGAAGCAAGCGUUUAAGGGUUAAGUUAAACUAUUUUUAUGAUAAAUUUUUAUUUGAUUUUGUUUUAUAAAGCAUCGCAAAUAAUUACGAUGUAUUCGGACCAAUAUAUAGAUUAGUCAAAACGAUUUUUUUACUAUGACUUAUUUUUUAAAAUAUUUUUUUGUCACUACGGUUUUUCAAUGAUUGUAAUGCCAUUAGCAAUAGUCAGUAUGCGAACAUUAUUUAAAAUUAUGCUCUACUACUAGCUAGGCAUGAAUUUUUAGAAGUUGUCAAAUAUUGCCAUAGGAAUAUACACCAUACUGGCAUGGGCUGGUUUCACUGUUGUUAAUAAAGUUUAUCCAGCACAUAAGUUACUGAUAUAAUUUAUCAGCAGGAAGUAAUACAGGCUUUUAUUACUUUUAUCCAUCACAUAUAAUAUGUGACGGAUAAAAAUGGAAUUUGAUUAUAAAAAAAGAAAAGUUAUCAUAGACUUUGUCUGUUAUAUCCGUAAGAUAGCUUUAUUAGCAACCAGUCAAACAGGCCUACGAAGUCCUUAAAAUAAAGAACUGUAAAUUACUGUAUAACUAAAUACAUAAUUCUCCUAUUUACAUUAAAUAGAGGUAAAUAUGGAUGAGACCCAAGAAAAUGUUCUGGCAACUUUUAAAAAUCCAAAAUGGCUUUCUAUUCAGCUGAUGCAGAAUAACUGUUAUGAUAUUGUAAUUAUCAUAGUUGGUUUUCCUUAUCUGCUAGAUAGUCGAUACCUAAUUAAUAUACUCCAAUGGUGUUCUUUUUUAUUAUAUUGAUGAUUAAUUA